GAAACCUCAAAUGUGGAGCCUCGGAGGAAAUCAAAAUUUAUUACUCACGAGGCUGCGGUCAACAUGAUCAAACGUGAGUGAGAUCCACAACGUGCUUUGGAAAUGUUUAAUAUGGUAGCUCAGAAAAAGCGUUUUAAUCACAACAAUGCCACCUAUGCGGUUAUCCUUCAGAAGCUUGCUCAGUCAAAGAAGUUUCAGGCUGUUGAUGCAAUUCUUCGCCAAAAUGACCUACGACGCUUGUAAAAUUCGUGAGGGUAUAUUCCUUAACCUCAUGAAGCAUUUCUCUCAACUUUCUUUACAUGAAAAAUUACUUGAGAUGUUGUAUGCAAUUCAAUCAAUUGGUCGUGAAAAGCCCUCUUUGAAAGCCAUCAGCACUUGUCUUAAUCUCCUGAUUGAAUCAAAUCAAUUUGAUUUGACCCAAGAUUUUCUCUUGAAUUCCAACAGAUCUCUCAGUUUGAAUCCCAAUACAUGCAUUUUCAACAUCUUUGUUAAGUAUCACUGCAAGAAAGGAGACAUUGAGUCUGCCUUUGAAGUUGUAAAGGAGAUGAAGAAAUCCAAAAUUUCUUAUCCUAAUCUGAUUACAUAUUCGACUGUGAUGGAUGGCCUCUGCAAAAAUGGAAGAUUCGAAGAAGCAAUUCAGUUGUUUGAGGAAAUGGUUGGUAAAAAUCAGAUCCUACCUGACAGCCAAACCUAUGAUGUUUUGAUUAAUGGCUUUUGCUGCAGAGGGAAAGUGGAUCGGACUAGAAAGAUAAUGGACUUUAUGAAGAACAAUGGCUGCACUCUGAAUGUAUUCAAUUACUCAGCCUUAAUGAAUGGAUUUAGCAAGGAGGGAAGGUGGCAAGAGGCCAAGGAUUUUUUUGAUGAAAUGAAGAGUAUUGGCCUGAAACCUGAUACAAUCACCUAUACUACCUUGAUUGGCUGCUUUUGUAAGGCUGGAAAGACUCUGCUCAGAAGGAAGGUAUCAGGAGGCUCUUCAGAUGGUCAAGAAACUGCUGAUGAUGGUGUCUAUCUAAAUAAAGCAAGUUACCGGGUUGUGUUGAAUUCCUUGUGCUCCAGGAAUGACUUGAACAAGGCUACAGAGCUGUUGGAUCUGAUGCUAAGCCGGGGGUUUAUACCACAUCACUCAACCUCAGAUGAGUUGCUAAUGGGCCUAUGUAAGGCUGGAAUGGUAGAUGAUGCACUUGCAGCACUUGGAGGGUUGGCAGAGAUGCCUAACAGACUCAAAUCUUGAAUAGUCUUCAAACUGACAGACUUCUGAAAUUCUUUCAAGAAAUUACAAGCAACAAAACACGUUGAAGCUGUACUCCAAACUCUAAACCGCCUGCGUCAAGUCUCAUUGGCUUAACAACCCUUCAAGUUGUCAUCAUGUGGUUAGUCCCAACGUAAGAUUCGAGACAUCACACAAUACUCAAAGGCAAAAGAUUUACAAAUCAAAUCCCAUUUCUUGG